AUGCCUAAACCAUCUGAAGAAGUAUGGAGAGAAUCGGAAGAAGGUUUUCGUGAAAAAUGGAAUUUUCCUAACGCGAUUGCUGCCAUUGAUGGGAAACACGUGUUGAUACAGGCACCACCACACAGUGGAUCAAAUUAUUUUUGUUAUAAAAAACACUUUAGUACGGUGCUAUUAGCGUUAGUGGAUGCAAAUUAUAAAUUCAUAGUCGUAGAUAUUGGGGCUUUUGGUAAAAACUCUGAUGCUAGCAUUUUGCGAAAUUCUAAUUUGGGUAAAGGCUUACAGAAUGGAACUCUAAAUAUACCUUCACCAAAAAUACUACCCGGGGGCAGUGACGUAUUACCUCACGUAAUAAUGAAGCUUUCCCAUUAUGCACGAAUUUGA